GCAUGUGUGUGUUUUUUCCUGCCGCAGGUCUGACACAGAGUUGUGAGUGGACUUAGGCGAAAGCUGCUGCUGCGCUGCUCCAACACGGUCGGAGAAGCCGAGAACCGGCCGCUGGAUUUUUUUUUUAUUUUUCUUUUUUGUUUUUCUUUUUUUUAUUUUUUAUUUCCGCUCUGUUUUUUUUCCCACCAGACUCUUGAACAUCCCCAGCCGUGGCAUGACUGGUAUCUGGCAUCUUCACAGGUGAAUAGUUUCCCUUCCUUUCCUUUCCUUUUUUCCUUCCUUGAGAUAAGAAACUUUUCUCCUCGUCGUUAACAUCGGGGAUAAAAGUACAGUUUUGAAGAUGUCGAAGCCCGCCGAUCACAUCAAGAGACCCAUGAACGCGUUCAUGGUCUGGUCCCGGGGCCAGAGGAGGAAAAUGGCUCAGGAGAACCCCAAAAUGCACAACUCGGAGAUCAGCAAAAGGCUGGGCGCCGAGUGGAAGCUGCUGUCCGAGUCCGAGAAGAGACCGUACAUCGACGAGGCCAAGCGGCUGCGGGCUCAGCACAUGAAGGAGCACCCCGACUACAAGUACCGACCCCGGCGCAAACCCAAGAACCUGCUCAAGAAGGACCGCUACGUUUUCCCUUUGCCUUACCUCGGGGACACCGACCACUUGAAGGGGCUGCCCGUGUCGGCCGCGGACUCUCUGCUGGGCUCGUCGGAGAAAGCCCGGGCGUUCCUGCCGCCGACGUCCGCCCCGUACUCCUUCCUCGACCCGAGCCAGUUCAGCUCCAGCGCCAUCCAGAAGAUGACGGAGAUGCCGCACACGUUGAGCACCAGCACUUUGCCGUACGCGUCCUCGUUGGGAUACCAGAACGGCGCGUUCGGCACCCUCGGGUGCCCCAGUCAGCACACCCACACCCACCCGUCGCCCACGAACCCGGGCUACGUCGUCCCGUGUAACUGCACAGCCUGGUCAGCGUCAAGUUUACAGCCCCCGGUGGCCUACAUACUUUUUCCAGGUAUGACCAAGACUGGGAUAGACCCAUAUUCAUCCGCACACGCCACUGCCAUGUAA